ACAAAUUUGCAAUCACCGAUGCUAGCGGGAAUUCGAAUCUAAAAUAAGUAGGGCCAAGCAAAAGGCACGAACUCCGCUGCCCGUCCUGCCACCCCUGUUCGAACUCCGCUGCUUCCCGAUUUCAAAUAGCUUGCUCGCUGCCCGCACGCCUCAGCCUGGCUGCGCUGCGCAUCGCCUCACGCAGGCAGGUCACGGCGGCGGCGGCGGCGAUGGGGUCCCAGCACGGCGGCGGCAAGGCGCGGGACAAGUUCUCCGUGUACCAGAAUCCGUCCCUCACUCGCGCGCUUGACUCCCGCAGCGCCCGCCCCUCCGUCCCGGUCCUCAUCGUCCUCGCGGUCUUACCGGUCGCCUCCGCCGCCUCCCUCCUCGCCCUCUCCUCCCGGGAGGAUCAGCUCGCCAAGUUCGCCGGCCGAGCGGGUAUCUCUGUCCCCGUUGCUGUUUUUGUCUUUAAGAUGGUGGAGGCAGUGCUGGGUCUUGUUGCGCUUUUCACACUGCUGGCGUUCUUCAGGGCACUGAUAUUAUACAAUGGGAAGAAGACACUGGCUAAGGAUGAAAAGGUUGUCUUGUCUGAACGCCAACUGGGGCUUCUUGGGUUAAAGACGGCAGGUUCUGGAGUUGGCAUGGGUGAGCAAGCGAAAAGGCCUCCCAAGACGAAGCCGUCAACACCCUCGGAGCCGAUUGUGCCUAUCAGGAGCUCUUCGUUCAGCUACACACCAUCUCGGCUUUUAGGGCAAUCGAGGAUUGGUUCCAGCCAUUUGAGCCCUGGUGGUGAGAGACUGACCACGGCAGUGCAAAUGUCACCUUCCACCCCAUUGCAGAAGUCUGUCUCUUCCCCUUCAACUCCAUGGUCAAGGAAAAGCUCAGGCAGCGCAAAGGGCAUACAGACAGAGGCAAUGUUGGAUCACUUCUUGGCUAGCUUGGAUGAAAAUAUUGACAAGAUCACGGAUUCAGAGACUAAAACUGCAACUCCUCCAGCAACCAUUACAAGCUUUGGUGUUGCUACUCCUGUUUCACUCACGACAUCAACCACCCCUUCUGGUGCUGCAAGGAGUACACCUUUGAGGCCUGUGAGAAUGUCUCCUGGCUCCCAUCAGAAGUACAGCACACCACCAAAAAAGGGUGAGGGUGAACUUCCACCUCCAAUGUCCUUAGAGCAAACAGUGGAGGCCUUUGAGAAUUUGGGUGUGUAUCCUGAGAUUGAGCAAUGGCGAGAUUGUCUCAGGCAGUGGUUCUCUUCAGUUGUGAUGAAUCCACUUGUACAAAAGAUCAAAACAAGCCAUACUCAGGUUAAGCAAACAACAACUACUGUUGGGGCUUCAGUUACUGUUAGCCAAGUUGGAAGCGAUCUGCCAAGCACAACUACACCAGGCGCCUUAUCCCCUCUUGGUGGGACUAAAGAUUGGCAACCGACUGUCACAGUUGAUGAAGAUGGCAUUCUUAACCAAUUGCGCUCCACACUCCUACAUUCUCGAGAUGCUCCAGUUGCGCAAACUUUUGGCAGUCCACAACAGCCACAACAGAACCCCCUUCUUCCAGCUAUUCAAGCAUGUAUCGAUGCAAUUACAGAGCAUCAGAGGCUCAACACUCUGAUGAAGGGAGAGUUGAUAAAAGGCUUGCUGCCACAGAGCAGCGUCCGUGCUGAUUACACUGUCCAGAGAGUUCAAGAACUUGCUGAAGGAACAUGUUUGAAGAACUAUGAUUACAUGGGUCAUGGAAAUGGCUGUGGUAAAUCAGAGAAAAAGUGGAGCAGCGAGCUACCUACUGACUCGCACCUUGUACUGUACCUGUUUGCUGCUUUCCUUGAGCAUCCAAAAUGGAUGCUUCAUGUUGAUCCUACCUCCUACUCUGGUGCCCAGUCUAGCAAAAAUCCCUUAUUUCUGGGAGUUCUUCCACCAAAAGAGAGGUUUCCGGAAAAAUAUGUUGCUCUGAUAUCAGGUGUUCCAGCAAUUAUUCACCCAGGGGCUCUUAUACUGGCUGUGAGCAAGAAGAGUCCUCCAGUUUUUGCUUUAUACUGGGACAAGAAGAUGCAAUUUUCUCUUCAGGGAAGAACAGCUCUGUGGGAUGCCAUUCUACUUCUUUGCCACCAAAUAAAAAUUGGAUAUGGUGGUGUGGUUAGAGGGAUCCAUAUUGGUUCGUCUGCCUUGAACCUCCUGUCAGUUAUUGAUUCAGAUGCGGAAACCUGAAUGUGAGGCAUGGUAGGCCACAUUCUGGCUUUGUCAGCAGGAGCCCUGCAAAGCUGGUUCUGUAGUCUGAUGACGAGAAACUGUGACCAGCUAGUUUGCUGGUGUUAAGUUGUAAUUGACACUGGCAUGUGUUUGGAACUGACGUAGUAUUAGUAGGUGUGAUAUGCCCUGGUGGAGGGGCAUCUGAAUGUUAUGCCCAAGUUGUACCUUCAAUUUCUGGCAAACCGAUUUGCUUAACCCUUAACCCCGUGGACCGUGGUUCUGUGUUUUGGAAUUUGAAUCUCUCGUGAACUGGUACCAUUUAGUAGUCA